CGCCAGUGCGCAGGCUCAGUCCGCUCUGGCUCUGGAGGCGCAAGGCCUGUGGUGGCUGCGGCGGCGGGACGGGGGCGCGGACGCAGGAGCGAUGGCGCCCCAUCUGGUGCAGCCCGGGUGGCGCUUCUGGCGGCAGGCGGCGUGCACUCUGGGAGCCUCUGUGCAGCACAGGACAUGGGCAGGGACGCCCAGGAUCCCCAGGCCGGGCAGCCUGUGGGGAGCCACGACCACCAGCCCCCGGAUCUGCAGAAGCGGCUCUUCCACGUCCGCGCGAGCCCCCGAGGUGACGCUUACCCGGGAGCGAUACCCCGUGCGGCGGCUGCCCUUCUCCGUGGUGUCCCGGGAAGACCUGGAAGCCUUUGAACGCGUCGUCCCGGGGAGGGUCAUCACAGACCCAGAGGUGCUGGAGGCUUCGAAUGUGGACUGGCUUCGAACCGUCCGAGGGAGCAGCGCGGUGCUGCUGAGGCCACGGACGUCAGAGGAGGUGGCCCACAUCCUCAGGUACUGUCACGAGAGGAACCUGGCUGUGAACCCGCAGGGGGGAAACACAGGCAUGGUGGGGGGCAGCGUGCCCGUCUUCGAUGAGAUCAUUUUGUCCACUGCCCUGAUGAACCAGGUCAUCAGCUUCCACGACCUGUCCGGAACCCUGGUGUGCCAGGCAGGCUGCGUCCUGGAGGAGCUCAGCCGGCACGUGGAGGAGAGGGGCUUCAUCAUGCCCCUGGACCUGGGGGCCAAGGGAAGCUGCCACAUUGGGGGAAACGUGGCCACCAAUGCAGGCGGUCUGCGGUUUCUGCGCUAUGGCUCGCUUCAUGGGACUGUCCUGGGCCUGGAAGUGGUGCUGGCAGACGGCACGGUUCUGAACUGCCUGAGCGCCCCGAGGAAGGACAACACGGGCUACGACCUGAAGCAGCUCUUCAUCGGGUCGGAGGGCACACUGGGGGUCAUCACGGCCGUGUCCAUCUUGUGUCCGCCCAAGCCCAGGGCUGUGAACGUGGCUUUCCUGGGUUGCCCAGGCUUCCCUGAGGUUCUGCAGACCUUCAGCACCUGCAAGGGGCUGCUGGGUGAGAUCCUGUCUGCGUAUGAGUUCAUGGACGCCGAGUGCAUGUGGCUGGUCAGGCACCACCUGUGCCUCGCCAGCCCGGUGCAAGAAAGUCCCUUCUAUGUCCUGAUCGAGACUUCAGGCUCCAGAGCAGGGCACGAUGCUGAGAAGCUGAAUGACUUCUUGGAGCAAGUGCUGCGCUCCGGCCUGGUGACGGAUGGGACUGUGGCCACAGACCACAUGAAAGUCAAGGCGCUGUGGGCCCUGAGGGAGAGGAUCUCGGAGGCGCUGAGCCGGGAUGGCUACGUGUACAAGUAUGACCUCUCCCUGCCCACCGAGAGGCUCUAUGACCUCGUGACUGACCUGCGUGUCCGCCUUGGCCCGCAGGCCAAGCAUGUGGUGGGCUAUGGCCACCUGGGUGAGCUGCGCCAGGGGGAUGGUAACCUGCACCUCAACGUGACGUCGGAGGCCUUCAGCCCGUCGGUGCUGGAUGCCCUGGAGCCCUACGUGUAUGAGUGGACGGCCGGGCAGCGUGGCAGCGUCAGCGCUGAGCAUGGCCUGGGCUUCAGGAAGAGGGGCGUCAUCAGCUACAGCAAGCCGCCCGAGGCCCUGCGGCUCAUGCGGCAGCUCAAGGCCCUCCUGGACCCCAAGGGCAUCCUGAACCCCUACAAGACAUUGCCCGCCCAGGCCUGACGGGGCCGCUGGGAGCUAUGGGAGGGGCCGUGGUCCGUCCUGGUUUUGCCGUUGUGGCAGGCCUCCAUCCAGUGGAGCAGCGGCAGGCACCGUGACCUAGCCCCUGGCCCUCGGGCAGAACCCUUCCUGGCUGCCCUGCUCACCCUCCAGCCCCCUGAAGGUUGGGGGAGGGGCUCCUGCUGCAGUGCCAGGCAGGCCAGUGGGCAAGUAGUUCUGCCCACUCAGGAGACCGGCUGCAGCCGUGGGAGGGGACAUGGGUGGUCCUGUCCCCAUGUAGCAUGAGCAGAGGUAAUGAGCUCCAUGGGACAGUGUGGGGCCUUUCCCCCGUCACGGGAUCACCUUUGAGCCAGAGCGACAGGAGCAGUCUCCACCCUGGAAGGCAUCAUUCCCCCAUUUUCUAGCAAGUCUGUUCAUUGCCAAGAUGAUUGUCAGAGGUUAGUCACUGGUUUUUCCUCUCGGUGGUUUGCUGUGGCGCAUCCACGGAGAUGGUCUGCUCUUCCGCAUCAUAGGUCCGUGUGGCCAGGGCGUGCACAGGGGCACGCUCCAUGAACAUCACUUCCGUGACCCUGGCCCGCUACUUCCUGUCGCCCUGGGGCCUCCUGGGGCUGUGGAGUCUGAAGGUUGGAUGUGUUUUCACUUUCUGAUGUCGUGAACUUCCAGUAAAAAUGGGAACUCUC